ACUGUCAUCAAUAAAUAAAUUUUGAUUCUGCCAUAAGGUUCAAACAAAAGUAAACGCCAGCCCAUGCCAUGCCUAGCGCCUAUUGUUGGUAAUACAUCAGAAGGGGCCUAGGAAACAACGUAACAAACAAGAAAGUACAGAUAAAAGAUGAGCAAGCAUCAAUCCAUGCUCAUUCAUUCGUCGUCCGACUCUGCCUUUGACUUGCUCUUCUUCUUUUUCUUUUCUUUCUUUUCGGAUCCAUCGACUGCCGGCUCGACCUCCGAGUCCCUCUUCCGCUUCUUCUUUUUCUCUUUCUUUUCCUUCUUGGCCUUCUCCGUCUCUUCCAGCUCCUCCGGCGCCACAAACGCCUUCUCCCGCUCCUUCAUCUUUUCCUCGCGCUUUAUCCGCUGCCUCUCCAUAACCUCUUCCUUCUGCGCACGUUCCUUGGCCUCCUUGGACAAAAAGUACUCUCCAGACUCGAUCUGCAGAUCCACCUUGCUCUUCUCCGGCGCCGGUGGGAAGGGGGUGUAGACCUUCUUCGACUUGUCGGUGACCUUGAAUGGCGUGCGGCGCUUGGACAGUGUGCGCUUCUUGAAGUUAGGCAAGAAUCUGUCCCAUGAUUCAUGGGCUAGGGUGGGGUCCUUGGCGAGUUCGCGCUUGAUCAUGAGCUCUUUGAUGUGGUAAAUGGGGUGGAUGUUCGCCAUGCAAUC